GAGUUGACGACACAGGAUACAGGAUUACUGACUGACAACAAGACGGACCACUUUCAAUUGCGAACAUUAUUCAGAUCGUCAGUAACAGGUCGCAAUUGUAAAUGAGAACUUGUUCUCAACUUGCCUACCUGGUUAAAUAAAGCAGGAGAUCAGUGCCAGAAUGGUUGUGCUGUCUAAAGAAUAUGGGUAUGUGGUUCUCACUGGUGUUGCCAGCAUGGUCAUGGUUGCCCACCUCGCUGUGAAAGUUGGCAAAGCUCGCAAAAAGUACAAGAUCAAUUACCCUCAGAUGUACAGCAAUGAUCCAGACUCUGGAAAUAUCUUCAACUGCAUCCAGCGAGCCCAUCAGAACACCCUGGAGAGCUACCCUGUUUUCCUCUUCAGUCUGGCCAUUGGGGGUCUGCAUAGUCCUGGAGCCAUUGUGUUACAGCGCCUCGUCAGUGGACUUGGAAUGACAUGGGUUAUAAGCAGGGAGAUCUAUGCAUACGGAUACUCCACUGGAGAUCCUAAAAAACGGAUGCCGGGGUUAUCCGGGAACAUUGCUCUGCUGGGCAUGAUUCUGACCGUAGCCAACUUUGGCAGAACCCUGUUAGGCUGUGGUGACUGGGUGAGGCCUGGGAUGAGACCAGGAUGAGGUUCUCAGCUCCCUUUCCCGCUGCCAUUCCUGCUACCAUUCCUCAGUGAGAGGCACUGCAACCCCACCUGACCCCAGUCUAUUAGUAGUUGUAGGAUGUCCUUUGUGGGCAUCCAUACUUGUGUAUGAUAUGUACAGACCGAGUUCAGUAAACAUUUGGAAAGAGAUUACCACAACUGUUAGUUUAUCAUUCCAUAACUACCACACCACGCCAACUCCUCCCAGACCCCCUCCUCAACACUGAUAGGCCCAGAUAAGCUGUUCAUGGUGCUUCACCAGCUACUCUUUGUUAGAGUGUGGACUUUUUUUAUGCAUAAUGUUGCCAAAACUGUAUUCCACAGGAGGUUGGUGGCACCUUCAUUGGAGAGGACAGGCUCGUGUUAAUGGCUGGAGCAGAAUUAUUUGGAAUGGCAUCAAACACAUAGUUUCCAGGUGUUUUAAGCCAUUCCAUUCUCUCCAUACCUGCCAUAAUUAGGAUCCGUCCUACCCUUAGCAUCCUCCUGUGCUGUAUUCUAAAUGAAAUUCUAAUGUAGAAAAUGACCAUGGAAAAUGGGCUUAAAUAACAUUUCUAGGUUCUAUCAUGGACUUGUGUUUUAAUGUUUGUAUCCAUGGGCGUGAGGUGUGUGUGUGUGUGUGGAGAAUAAGGAGAUGUUAUUGCUUCAGAAGAACCAGAGUGAACCAAGA